UAUAACUGAAGCGUUAGAUCUUCCGGGAAUUGAAAUUUUCGAGAAGGGGUGAUACCGAGAAAGAGCGCGAAUUAGUUAUAACACGAGGUAGAUUCAAAUAUUGAAACUUUUAAGAUGUGAAUAAGAAAGUAGAACAUACACGAAGUACCAAAGUGGCGGACUCUGUAAGAUUCUGAAGUUGGUUUCCCAUUGCAAGUUUCUGAGUGCUAUAUGUAUCGAAGAAUGCUACUCAUAACGGAACAAUGAGGGAAGUACCGUGAUGUUCCAAGCGAACCGAGUGUUCAAGGAUCGUGAAAUCAGACAUCAAAUGUUUUGACGAAGAAGCUUUGUCUACAAAGUUUCAACAACUUGAAUUUGCAGUGCGCAAAGUGUGAACUCUUGCAUUCAGAAUUAACGAUGUUGUAAUACACGAAACGAUAUAAUACGUAAAACUUCAACUGUAGUGUAAAGAGUGCCAAAAGGCCGUAUUAUCUAAGUGUGAAGAUAUUUAAGAAAGGAUAAACUAGAGGAGCAAUUUGCAGAAUAUAAUUAAUCGUAACAAAGUGUUUAUUACUAUUCAUAACAACGACAGAGUUUGUACGAUCAAACUUUAGUCGAGAAACAAGAACAUCAAUAAACUUCUACUGCUUAAAUAACGUCUUUAUGAUCGCCUGCAGAACUAAUUUACUUCAAAUUCCAAUAUUGAAAUGUUGACUGAGGGUAGAAAAGGUUAAUUACAGCGUUAAAAUCAAAUAACGUUCGUGGUAACGGUCUUGUUAUCAAGACAGCGUUCUUAGGGUAUCGUCAGCAAAAAUGAAAUCUGUAAUUGGGGAAAUACGAAACUGAAAUAAGCAUCGCUGCAACCACUUCGCGGAAAGGUACCGCGUGACCAAUUACCUUCCCUGAAGAUAAUAGUUUAUAGGAUACGAUUAAUCCCGCUGAAAGAGCGUGUAUUCAAAUAUUUUUAAGUAUUAAACUCUACGUCUGUAUUAAAGCUUUUACUGGGAGAAGGUAUAAGGAAAAAUAACUGUAGUCGUAGCCGAUACAUUUGCUAGAAAGUUGGUCCAAAGUUAUCAAGAGAAAAAGAGAAAGUCGAAGAAACUAUUCGUAAGGACAAUGCAUUCUCUGAGCAUGCAAUGCCCCGCCACGUCUACGAGGACACCUGGCACCGCAUGCACCUGAACGCGACCCUGUUGCAAUUGAAACAACUGUUGCAUCGAGUGACAACCAUGAACCAGCUCGACAAUUAUACGCACCUUUUCCGUAGCUUGAACAUCACCGACGACGACGUCGACUACGUGUACAAGUACACCCUGGACAAUCUGACAGCCCCGAGAAACAACGAACAAGCCAGCUGUUACUGCAACAUCACCUUCCGCGAUUUGGCGACCGAAUACAAAAACUACCACGGCUACGUGGCUCUGAUAGUUUGCCUGUUCGGAACUCUGGCCAACAUGAUGAACAUUAUCGUGUUGACGAGAAAAGACAUGGUGGCCACACCCAUCAAUCGUAUACUGACGGGUCUAGCCUCCGCCGACAUGCUGGUCAUGUUGGAAUACAUACCCUUCGCUAUUUACAACUACAUAGUCCUGCCAAAGAGACAGACGUUUCCUUAUGGAUGGGCCGUGUACGUGCUGUUUCACAUGCACUUCACGCAGCUACUACACACCAUCAGUAUCGCCAUCACACUCACGCUGGCCGUUUGGAGAUAUAUCGCCAUCAGGUUUCCACAAUACAACUCAUGGUGUACUGCUGCACGCUGUAGAAUAGCCCUUUGGAGCAGCUUCCUGGCACCUUUCGUCGUCUGUGCACCUAGUUAUCCCGUAUUUGGAAUAAAGAAACAGACGGUAAACGAAAAUGGCACCCUGGAGAUUGCUUACACGGUGGACGCGGAUUACUCGGAUCACAAGGGUUUCUUCUACCAAUUGAAUUUCUGGGUGCUGGCGGUCGUCGUGAAGAUUCUGCCCUGCGUCAUCCUCACAGUUAUCAGUUGCUGGCUGAUCAAGGCUCUUUACAAAGCGAAAGGUAGGAAGCAAGCCUUGAAGAGCUACAAUCAGUGCAAAAGUACGGUCCCGAUGGGCAACGGUUUGGUCCCGCGACGUCCGAGCAAAUCGGACAAAAGAGCAGACAGAACGACGAAGAUGUUGGUGGCUGUGCUGUUACUGUUCCUGGUCACGGAGAUUCCCCAGGGUGUCCUGGGUCUUUUUUCAGGGGUGCUAGGCGACUGCUUCUUCCGCAACUGUUACCACAAUUUCGGCGAGGUGAUGGACAUCCUAGCCCUGUUGAACGGGGCCAUCAAUUUCAUCCUGUACUGCUCCAUGUCCAGACAAUUUCGCACCACGUUCGGCCAACUGUUCAAACCUAGGAUCAUGAAGAAGUGGCAACCUGCCACCCAGCAGACCGACGUGCAGAGCACCUACGUAUGAUGUAGGCUGAAAGGUCUGGAGACCACGCGACUUUGAACGAAUCAAAAUGAUUUAUAAUAUUGUUUGUACUUUUUGAUAUUUGCCGAGAAAAGACUUGUUCGUGUAAAUAUUAACGAUUUGGGUUUUGGUAGGAUAAGUCGGGGCGAUGGUACACUUUGAAAGGCACAUCGUCAAUUUAAUAAAGACAAAAUUGUAAUUUAAGGUCAAAAUAGCCAUCACUCGAUCUUAUCCUAAUUCAAUUUCUUUUUGUAUACUAGGGUAGAUGUUUUUCGAAAUUAAAGGAAUAACGAGGAAUGCUGCCAGCGAUAGAAUAAUCAGAGAAUCCGUUGCUUCAUCGGAAGCUCGAAGUUUGGGCUCGACAGGCUUAGCGUCGAGUGAACUUCGUCUAACAAUUCGUCGGGCUUUCCUGCAAAUGGCAGCUCUGUUCGGCUAUAACUUCGCGUUAAAUUUACUCGAAACAGGAUUUGUUCGAUCGAAUUCGGUGCUUUGGAAAAUGCCCGACUCGAUAAUUAUUCGCUAUCCGUUAACUGUGAUUUUAUUUACUGUUAAUUUUAAAUCGUGUCUCGCGUUGUAUCAUAAUUUCAAAGGUGAUACGACCUGACAAAAGAGAACACAAAGGAGCAUAAUAAUAUUUGCUUCGUAAAAUUGUGAAAAGUAUCGUGAAACGCACGAUCGAAAGGACAACGCAAUUUGCAUCCAUUCGCGGCGCACAAAGUUAUUCGCAAUACAAAUUUUCGACUCCAUCAAACUUCAUCUAUUAGAGAAAAAAUGUAUACGUUCUACAGUACUUCGAUUAGAGUAAUUGUACGAUAAGUUUUAAUUACAAAGCAUGAUUUUUUUAAAUUUAUUUUAUACGGAUAGAUUUUUGGCUAUUGAGCCCUGCCGAAGAUCUAUCGAUGUACAGUCGUGGACAACUUAGU